UCCAAUCGCUAGACAUCCUCGCCACAGAAGCGUCUCCAUCCGAGGGACGUCCAGCAUCAGAAGGCAUUACCAAGCUCAGCAGCAGCCGGAGGACCGAGCCCUUUGUGCGGCAGCGACAGGCGCGUCAUCCGCCGGGGAAACAUCGCCAUCAUCCAGGGGGAGCACAAGGUGAAGCACCAUGGGUCCGUUUCAAGAGUACGAGGAGAAGAAGUCGCCGGAGAAAGGAAGCCCACGCAGUCGCAUCCCCCGUUUGGUCCUCCAUCCAUUUCAACCUAAGGAGAAAGGGUCGCCCCAGUCCGACUCGCCGUUUUCAGAGGAGGAGGGGAAGGAGUGUGACAUCAGCUCGGAUCACUCCAAGAGGACCAUCAGCUCCAACAGCUUCUGCUCAGAUGACACCGGCUGCCCCACUAGUCAGUCUGUGUCCCCCUCAAAAACCCCGUCAGGCUCAGAGCGGAGUACCCGCAACUCCCCCACGCUGCCAGAACGCAAGACCAAGGUGAAGAGGGUCCGAGUGAUGGCCGAAUGGACCGCUGAGCGACACAGCACACAGAGACACAAGAGGGAGAUGAGGUCAGCCUUGAAGCCCAAAGGUAGUGAAGCAGACUUCAGCUCCUCCAGCAGCACCGGCAGCUUAAAGACCAGGGAGAGCCUCAGUUCCAAAUCAGCAGGGAAGAAAGUCCCACCCCGCAGGAGCACCCACAUCAGAUCGCUUCCGGUCUUUAAACCGGCAGGUAUCGCUUGUGCGAACCGUGAUGCUGAACUGUAUGCCCCCUACAAGACUCCCCCCAGAACUGCCUCCUCCACCUACAGCAGCAGUUGCAACUCCAGCCCCACCAGCAGGAGAGCAAACAUGAGUCGCUAUCACUCAUGCGGGGAAAACCAUGGCAUCAGACCUCCAAACCCUGAGCAGUACCUGACACCUCUGCAGCAGAAGGAAGUGGCCAUCAGGCACCUGAAGACCAAACUGAUGGAGUCUGAGAACAGAGUACAGGAUAGGGAGACGGAGAUAGAGGAGCUUAAGGGUCAGCUUGGCCGAAUGAGAGAAGACUGGAUCGAGGAAGAGUGUCACCGCGUGGAGGCUCAACUGUCCCUCAAAGAAGCACGCAAGGAAAUCAGACAACUACGACAAGUGGUGGAAACCAUGAAGAACAGCCUGGUGGAGAAGGACAAAGGAAUACAGAAGUAUUUCAUCGACAUAAACAUCCAAAACAGGAAGUUGGAGUCACUGUUGCAAAGCAUGGAGCUGGCUCAGAGCGGAUCCAACCUCCAGGAUGAAAACACUUUGGACUUCAUCUGCACCAGCCCCGACGGUGGCAGCAAGAAGAUGAUGGACGUGGAUGAGGGUGGGAUGGAACUGGAGGAGCAAGGGGCAGAGGCCAUGGCUGACAGUGGGCUCCUUAUAAAUGACGAGAUGGCGAACAGGGCAGAUAUAUUAGAGCAGGUUCUCAUGUCGACCGCUGUCGACUUCAGUCAGGACUCGAGUGGCAAGAUGAGGCCAGAUGCAGAGGGCGGUCCAGGGGUGUCGUCCGUCACAGAAGAGAGCCAUUUGACCAAUGAAUGCACAUCAGCCACCUGCUCAAACAUGCCCGCUCAGAAGGUCACAGAAGAUAAGGAGGUUCAGGCAGAUAUGACGCCCAUGCCUCCAGACCUGCAGGUUCUGCUUCUUCAGUUGUUGAAGAUGCAAGAUGCCACCACAAAAAGGCCUGAGCUCUCCCCCUCUGGCGCUCUUCCCCCUCACCCAUCUAAUGCCACAUUCUGCCUUCCUAUCACGCCUCCUCCUGCUCCUCACGGUAGCCCGUCCAUCUCUGCCGAUUCUGGCAUGUGUCUCUCAGAACCAAUAGAUAGCCAGCGCUUCAUGGAGGAGCUCGACUUCGACAUCACCGCAGAUGAAAGCUCAGUUUCAACCGGUCCGGUUGACAAGCGUUACUGGAGCAACAGCUUCCUGGUCGACCUGGUGGCGGUCGCCGCUCCGGUGCUGCCCACCGUGGCCUGGCUGUACUCCCGGCACGGUGUGGAUGGAAGCGCUCCAGUAUACAACAUCGCUGCGCUCAUUAGGGGCUGUUGCAUCAUGGGAUUGCACUCGCUGCGUCAGGUGUCGCACAGGUCUGAUGUGUAAUAGCUUCUCUAGUACGCAUGCACACGCUGAACUCAAAGCACUUAAGCAUUUUUCAAAUAGUAUUCAUUUUCCUUUGACACUUUAUCAAGGCAGUUCUUUGGGACCAGCACUGUUACUUUGCACUGUACAGCAACCUGAAGAAAAUGGUGGUGUGGAAGGGAUUAUUUAUUGACUUGUUCAUUUAUCUAUUUAUUUUAAUUUAUAUUUGUAAUAUAUGCUGAUCAUCUGGGUAGAUGGUUGUGUGUCAUUUUGUCUGUUUAAAACAAAGCUUCAGUUGGGAUGAGUCAUUGGUGAGAGAUUGUUCUCUUCUGCUACUGUUCAAAAGGAGACCUUCAGCCAAAGCUUAAAUGUGAAGUCACUGUUAUGUUCUUGUGAACAGGUGUAUAAAUACGUUUGGUCCUUUUCUGGGGGAGUAGAGCUUUAUUGUGAACAGCCUGUUCAUUGUUCAUGGGGCUGAUGCUUGAAAGCAACUGACACAUGUCACGUGCCUGAGCUAUGUGCAAUAUGUUGGUUUACAUCAAAUGUCUCUGUAACUUUGUUAUUAAAGCAUGAUCAUAAAGGCCCGGUGACUCUUGGUGUC